AUGAGUGUUCUCGCCUGGAACUGCCAGGGACUGGGGUUUUCCCUGGCGGUUUGUGUUCUCACUGAUGAGGUGAAAUCCAAAGACCCAACUCUGGUUUUCUUAGCUGAAAUGAAGGCGAGUGUGAAUCGGAUCAAGGGGAUUCAGCGAAAAACAGAGUACACUCGAGGAAUAAUUGUGCCUAGUGAUGGUCAGAGCGGCGGGUUAGCGCUACUGUGGAGAGAAGGCACUGAUGUGAGGUUCAAGAGCUACUCCAACUCCCAUAUCGAUGUCGUAGUCCAUGGGGUUGUCUCAUCCGAACCAUGGCGGGCGACCGGUUUUUACGGUCAUCCUGAAGCUAGUAAGAGAAGUAUGUCAUGGCAUGGAGACCAAAGGACGAAAUUGCGGCUGGACCGUGUGGUGGCAAAUGGGGAUUGGAUGGAGAGGUUUGUUGAUGCUAAACUUUUUCAUGUCUCAAUGCCCAUCUCGGAUCACUGCUUGCUGAGUCUAAGAUUAAGCAAGGAACAAAGGCGAAAACGGGCCAAAAAGAGAUUUAUGUUCGAAGCCAUGUGGACUAGGGAUGACAAAUGUAGAGACGUUGUGGAAGCGGCAUGGGAUCCAAAAAGGGAGCGGCUCCAACACCUCGAAGCCUUAAAUAGCCUCCAUGAUAGAGCGGAUGAGAUUCAAAAUCUGAAGAAGGAGAUAAAUGAAGCUCUGUCGAGGGAGGAGGUGAUGUGGGCCCAGAGAUCAAGGGCUUUGUGGAUGAAGUGGGGUGACCGUAACACGAAAUUUUUUCAUGCUACCGCCAACCAAAGACGUUGGAGGAAUAGCAUAACGGGGCUUGUGGAUUCCAAUGGCAUAUGGCAAGAGGAUCCGGGUGCAAUGGAGGGUAUUACCCUGGAUUAUUUUGAAACUAUCUUCAAGUCAAAUAACCCUUCAAGCUUCGAUGCAUGUGUUCGUACCAUUACUCCUAAAGUUACUCCAGAAAUGAAUGCUGCUCUGUGUGCUGAGUUCUGUGCUUCUGAAGUGUGGAAUGCUCUUCACCAAAUGCAUCCAACAAAGGCUCCAGGCCCAGAUGGUAUGUCCCUUAUCUUUUUCCAGAAAUAUUGGGAUGUUGUCGGUGUUAAUGUGAUUGACUGUGUAUUGGAAAUCCUCAAUACUGGUGUUAUGCCUUGUGGUGUGAAUGAAACUUAUAUUUGUCUGAUUCCUAAAACUAAAACCCCCCGUAAAAUUUCUGAGUAUAGACCUAUUAGUUUGUGUAACGUUAUUUACAAAAUCGUAUCUAAGAUUCUUGCUAAUCGCCUGAAAAGGAUUCUUACUGAGGUCAUUGAUGAGUCCCAAAGUGCUUUUGUCCCGGGGCGUCUCAUAACUGAUAAUGUGCUAGUGGCUUUCGAGACUAUGCACUGCAUUGAUGGGAGGAAAAAAGGAAGGGAAGCUCUGAUGGCCUUGAAGCUCGAUAUGAGCAAGGCUUAUGACAGAGUGGAAUGGCAAUUCUUGGAGAUGAUAAUGAGGAAGUUGGGCUUCCAUAAGAAAUGGAUAUCCCUUAUGAUGAUGUGCAUUUCUACAGUCUCUUACUCGGUUCUAAUAAACGGGGAGGCAAAAGGCAAGAUUAUUCCAUCAAGGGGGCUUAGACAGGGUGAUCCAAUAUCUCCCUAUUUAUUUUUGUUGUGCACUGAGGGGUUGUUUGCCAGGUUGAAAAAGGAAGAGAUUGAGGGUAACAUCAGGGGGGUCUCAGUUAGGAGGGGGGCACCACAAAUUUCCCAUCUUUUCUUUGCCGAUGACAGCAUAAUCUUCUGUAGAGCGACAGUGGAGGAGGGUAAAAGGGUUCUUAAUGUGUUGGAAGAAUAUGAGGCCGAAUCGGGGCAAAAGUUGAAUAAGGAAAAGACCUCAUUAUUUUUCAGCAAAAAUACAAGCCGGGAUGUCCAGGCCCAAGUGAAACAGUUAUUUGGGGCCCAGAUUAUUCAGCAUCAUGAAAAGUACCUUGGGCUGCCUCCGCUUGUGGGGAAAGGAAAAAGGAAGGCCUUUAGUCGUAUCAAAGAUCAAGUUGGAAGAAAAAUAGCCGGAUGGAAGGGUCGUUUGCUCUCAAAUGCGGGUAGAGAGAUUCUUAUCAAAGUGGUAGCUCAAGCAACUCCUACCUAUACCAUGAGUUGCUUUAAACUACCGGACACGCUUUGUAAGGAACUUAAUGCCAUGAUGAGCAAAUUUUGGUGGGGGCAAAAAGACAAAGAAAGGAAGUUGGCAUGGAUUGCAUGGGAAAAGCUUUGCACAUCCAAAGAGGAAGGGGGUAUGGGCUUCAGAGAUCUCAAAGCGUUUAAUCUUGCUCUACUUGCCAAGCAAGGGUGGCGAAUUCAACAAAACCCAAAUACCUUAGUCCACAAGGUGCUCAAAGCUAAGUACUUUGCUGAUUCUACGUUCAAGGAAGCCCAAUUAGGCCGUAGACCUUCAUAUGUGUGGCGAAGUCUAAUGGCUGCAAAGGAUAUUGUGGUGAAUGGAGCUAGAUGGGUUAUAGGUAAUGGAGAGAAUGUGAAGAUAUGGGAGGAUAGAUGGAUCCCUACUCCGAAUUCUUUCUUGGUGGUAAGCCUUAAAGUCCCUCUUGAAUCUGAAAUGGUUGCAUGUCUCAUUGACAAAGAGUCUAGAUCUUGGGACAUAGAUAAGGUGAGGAGAGUUUUCUUGCCUCAUGAAGCAGAUGCGAUUCUGGGAAUGACAGUAAGCUCUCGGCCUGUUGAAGAUUUUGUGAUAUGGGCAUGGACCAUAAACGGCAAAUUCUCAGUGAAAAGUGCUUAUAGGAAUAUUCUUCCAACAAAACACCGACUAAAGUCAAGGGGUGUUGAUAUUGAGGUGGGGUGUGACUAUUGCGGGCAAUGUGAAUCUGUUGAACAUGUUCUAUGGGGAUGUAAAUUUGCUGUUGAUGUUUGGGGAGAAUCAAGACUCAAGUUACCUCUCUUGCCUUACCCAACGGAUGAGUUUUUGGAGGUUGUGUGGGAGGUUAGAAACAGAAAGCCUGAGAUUGACUGGGAGCUGUUUGUGGCCACGGCAUGGGGAUUAUGGAAUCAAAGGAAUAUGGUCAAAUUUGGGGGACAACACAAACCCGCUCAUAGACUUUGCCGUGAUAUGGAGGAAUAUGUGAAGGAGUUUCGUUAUGAAAAUCCCCCCCCCCAUGGCUGGUAUAAAGCUAAUGUGGACGGGGCUGUCUGUAAGGAGAGGGGCUGCUGUGGUAUGGGUGUAGUGAUUAGGAAUGCAGAGGGGCAGCUGAUGGGGGCAAUGAGUAAAAGGCUGGCGCUUCCACUUAAGGCCUUGGAAACUGAAGCUAUGGCAAUGCAGGUAGGGAUUCAAUUUGCAUGGGACCUGGGAUUGAAGGAUGUUGUGUCUGAAAGCGACUCAUCGACAGUAAUCUCAGCCCUCUUAAGCGAUACUCCCCCACCUUGGUCGAUCCAAAAGGUGAUUGAAGGAACCAAGCAAGACCCCAAGUGCUUCAAUAGUUGGUCUGCAAUCCAUGUUCACCGUAGUGGGAACGUGGCUGCCCAUCUCAUGGCAAAAAAUGCCAUUACAGUUGUAGAUAGUCUUGUAUGGGUUGAGGAUAUCCCUCCCGUUAUAGCUAUGCAGGUCAUCUCUAGUGCGUCACGUAACCAGUCGUUUGUCCGCGAUGGAGCAGGCUACGAUGAAGUGUACCCGUCAGAUCACAAAGACCAUGACAGUCCCAGUGAGAGGAGUUUGUCUACUUCCUCUUCAAUGGAUGAGGAUUCAGAGAUGGAGAAAUCAAAUGUUGACUCUAGUGACGGUCUGAUGGAUGUUGAUCCUCCGAUCCAAUCCGUCAUAAGACCUAAUGGGCUUAGAGAGUUCAUCCUUCUACCCUUAUGGACGGCAAAAGAGGAAGCGAUACGUGAGUAUCGUGAUUUUGAUGUCGUUCUGGCAAAGCUGGGAGGUUCUUUUGCUAAAGGCUUUAAUGAUUAUCUUCGUCAGGUUAAGGCUUCUUAUCCGGACCUAGACUUAUCGAGUGUUAACAUUGAUGCUCCAGCCCCUACCUCCGUUCAACCUGUCCUAUCUGAGAGUACGGACAAGUUAUUUGCUGAUGUUGCUCCUGGCAGUGGAGAGAAAGCUCAAGUUGAGGACACUGCCCGUCACCCUAUUGUGCAAGAGGAGAAUGAGCAGAAUUCCCUCGUUCAGCAGUAG